GUUGGCCGCAGCAGCGUCACACCGGACCCCUCAGAUCAACAUGGCGGGCAGUAAUACGAAGUCGGUUUUGUUCGUUUGCCUCGGGAAUAUUUGCAGAUCACCCAUCGCUGAAGCAGUCUUCAGGAAGAUGGCAACGGAUACUGGUGUUGUUGAUAAGUGGGUCAUAGACAGUGGUGCCACUUCUGACUGGAAUAUAGGCAGCUCACCUGAUGCCCGCGGUCUGGCCUGCCUCAGGAAACAUGGCAUUGAGACGAGCCACAGGGCCCGACAGGUGACCAAGGAAGAUUUCAUGAGCUUUGAGUACAUUCUCUGCAUGGACGAGAGCAAUUUGAGUGACUUGACAAGGAAAGCAAAGUCUGUGAAAGACCACAGAGCAAAGAUUGAGCUUCUUGGUUCAUAUGACCCUCAGAAGCAGUUGAUCAUCAGAGACCCGUAUUAUGGAAGUGACGAAGACUUUGAAAAGGUGUACGAACAGUGUGUACGCUGCUGCCAAGCAUUUCUGGAGGCAAACUCCUAACAACGUCCAAUCUGAAACGGUCCCUCCUGAGUCUGUUGGAAAAACCUGAAUCAUCAACCAAAAAUGUUUUGGCCGUGUCGCACAAGCACUCACCAGUAUAACCCUGUUGUGUAUGUCACUGAAAGCACUUUGUUUCAGUGUUUGUUGAUGAGUUUGUUGACUAUGAAUUCAGGUGGUUCAUAAAAAUAAAUUUAGUUCAUCUUUA